GUUAUGCUGAAGAGGAGAGGGUUGUUGUGGCUUGCUGUCUUGAUAACCCUGUGGCUUUCCUCACAUGCUCAGGAUGGUGACAAGGAAGAGGAGACUACCUUUGACUUACUUCAAGUCAGUAACAUAAACCGAAAGACUAUUGGAGCAAAGGUGUUCCGGGGCCCAGACCCCGCCACGCCGGCGUACCGCUUCAUUCGGUUUGACCAUAUCCCUCCAUGUAAGCCGGAGAAACUCAAAAAGAUCCUAAAGCUGAUACGGCAGAACGAGGGCUUUAUCCUGUCGGCCACCCUGAGGCAGGACAGGCAGUCUAGAGGCACUGUCCUUGCCUUAGAGGGUCCUGGCAUCAGUGAGAGGCAGUUUGAGAUCAUUUCCAAUGGCCGGGCCAACACCCUGGACCUCAUCUAUUGGGUGGAUGGCUUCCAGAACGUGAUUUCCCUGGAAGACGUGGACCUUGCUGACUCACAGUGGAAGAACCUCACCGUGCAGAUAACAGGGGAGAACUACAACCUCUAUGUUGGCUGUGACCUUAUUGACAGCUUCAUCCUGGAGGAGCCUUUCUAUGAGCAGCUGAAAGCAGAGAGCAGCAGGCUGUAUGUGGCAAAAGGGUCCACUCGGGAGAACCAUUUCAGGGGUCUUUUGCAAAAUAUUCAGUUAAUCUUUGAUACUUCAAUAGAGGAUGUUCUGCGUAAGAAAGGAUGCCAGAGAAGCCAGUCAACUGAAGUGAACACCAUCAAUGAGAGCACUGAAAUCCUUCACUUGAGCCCUGCUGUCACAACUGAGUACGUGGGUGAGAAACCAGGGAAGGCCGAGUUCUGUGACCGCUCCUGUGAGGAGCUGGGAUCGAUGUUCACAGAGCUCACCGGCCUGCGCAUCGUGGUCAACAACUUGGCUGAUAACCUCCAAAAAGUGUCUGAAGAGAACCAAAUUAUGUGGGAACUGAUUGGGCCUAACAAAACACUGAAGAGCCAGCCAGUUUGCUGGCAGGAUGGCCGUGUCUUUGCAGAUAAUGAAAGCUGGAUUGUGGAUAGCUGCACCAAGUGCAUUUGCCAGGAUUCCAAAAUUGUGUGCAAUCAAAUCACCUGCCCAGCAGUCUCCUGUGCCGAUCCAGUUUUUGUUGAAGGUGAAUGCUGUCCAGUCUGCUCUCACUCUGAUGACAGCGAGGAGGGCUGGUCACCGUGGUCAGACUGGACAAAGUGCUCAGUUACCUGUGGCUCUGGGACACAGAUGCGAGGAAGGUCGUGUGAUGUCACCAGGAGUGCUUGUACAGGCCCACACAUCCAAACAAGGAUGUGCAGCUUUAAGAAAUGUGACCAUCGCAUACGUCAGGAUGGUGGCUGGAGUCACUGGUCUCCCUGGUCUUCCUGUUCAGUUACCUGUGGAGUGGGAAAUAUCACCCGCAUCCGCCUCUGCAAUUCUCCUAUUCCCCAGAUGGGUGGGAAAAACUGUGUGGGGAAUGGGCGUGAAACAGAGAAGUGUGAGAAGGAUCCAUGUCCAGUGAAUGGCCAGUGGGGUCCUUGGUCUCCGUGGUCUGCCUGCACUGUUACCUGUGGAGGAGGAAUUCGUGAGAGGUCUCGCCUCUGUAACAGCCCAGAGCCACAGUAUGGAGGAAAGCCAUGUGUGGGAGAUACCAAGCAACAUGAUAUGUGCAAUAAGAAGGACUGCCCAAUUGAUGGGUGUUUGUCAAAUCCUUGCUUUCCUGGAGCAGAAUGCAACAGUUACCCAGAUGGGUCUUGGUCAUGUGGGGCAUGCCCAGCAGGAUACCUUGGCAAUGGUACCUUCUGUGAGGAUCUUGAUGAGUGUAUAGCUGUGUCAGAUGUUUGCUUUAAAGUGAAUCAGGUCCAUCGCUGUGUGAACACAAAUCCAGGUUUCCACUGCUUGCCGUGUCCUCCACGCUAUAAAGGAAGUCAGCCCUAUGGAGUAGGGCUUGAAGUUGCCAAGACAGAGAAGCAAGUCUGUGAACCUGAGAAUCCAUGCAAGGACAAGACACAUAGCUGCCAUAAGUCUGCAGAGUGCAUCUAUCUGGGCCAUUUCAGUGAUCCAAUGUACAAAUGUGAAUGUAGGACAGGUUACGCUGGUGAUGGACGCAUCUGUGGUGAGGAUUCAGAUUUGGAUGGCUGGCCUAAUAAUAACUUGGUCUGUGCUGCUAAUGCAACAUACCACUGUGUGAAGGAUAAUUGCCCCCUUCUGCCUAACUCUGGCCAAGAAGACUUUGAUAAAGAUGGCAAAGGAGAUGCCUGUGAUGAGGAUGAUGACAAUGAUGGUGUUGAAGAUGACAAAGACAAUUGCCCUCUUCUGUUCAACCCUCGCCAGUUUGAUUAUGACAAGGAUGAAGUUGGUGACCGCUGUGACAAUUGCCCCUAUGUGCACAACCCUGCUCAGAUUGACACAGACAACAAUGGGGAGGGUGACUCAUGUGCUGUGGACAUUGAUGGAGAUGACAUUUUUAAUGAAAGAGAUAAUUGCCCUUACGUCUACAACACAGAUCAGAGUGAUACAGAUGGUGAUGGAGUUGGUGAUCAGUGUGAUAAUUGUCCACUGAUGCAUAAUCCAGACCAGACUGAUGCAGAUAAUGACCUGGUUGGUGACCAGUGUGACAAUAAUGAGGACAUAGAUGAAGAUGGCCACCAGAACAACCAGGACAACUGCCCUUACAUCCCCAAUGCUAACCAGGCUGACCAUGACCAGGAUGGUAAAGGAGAUGCCUGUGAUCCUGAUGAUGACAAUGAUGGUGUCCCAGAUGACAGGGACAACUGCCGCCUCAGAUACAACCCUGACCAGGAGGACUCAGAUGGUGAUGGCAGAGGUGAUAUUUGCAAAGAUGACUUUGACAAUGACAACGUUCCAGAUAUUUAUGAUGUGUGCCCUGAAAACAAUGCCAUCAGUGAAACUGAUUUCAGAAAGUUUCAGAUGGUCCCUCUAGACCCCAAGGGAACAGCUCAGAUUGAUCCCAACUGGGUUAUUCGCCACCAAGGCAAGGAAUUGGUGCAGACUGCCAACUCUGAUCCUGGAAUAGCUGUAGGCUACGAUGAGUUCAGCUCUGUUGACUUCAGCGGGACGUUCUACGUUAACACAGACCGUGACGAUGACUAUGCUGGCUUUGUGUUUGGCUACCAGUCCAGCAGCCGCUUUUACGUUCUCAUGUGGAAGCAGGUCACUCAGACCUAUUGGGAGGACAAACCCACCAGGGCUUAUGGCUAUUCUGGUGUGUCACUCAAAGUAGUGAAUUCAACAACUGGUACUGGUGAGCACUUACGAAAUGCUCUCUGGCACACAGGAAACACCCCUGGACAGGUGCGUACUUUGUGGCAUGAUCCCAAGAACAUUGGCUGGAAAGAUUAUACUGCCUACAGGUGGCAUUUGAUUCAUAGGCCUAAAACAGGAUUAAUAAAAGUUCUGGUUUAUGAAGGGAAACAAGUCAUGGUGGAUUCUGGACCAAUCUAUGACACAACUUUUGCUGGUGGACGAUUAGGUCUUUUUGUCUUCUCUCAAGAGAUGGUCUAUUUUUCUGACCUCAAAUAUGAAUGCAGAGAUGCUUGAGCAAUGGUUGCUGCAUUACCAGCAAAGUACUGUAGAUGCUAUGCAACCCAGACACCUCAGUACACCCUGGUACUCCCAGUUUCUAUUUUUGUGUACCUCCUGCCCUCUCUCUUCAUGCUCCACUCUCCAGGAUGCUCCCAGCUGCUGGGAGUGCUUCAGCCACCCUUCCACCCAAGUGCCUUCUCACCGCCAGGACUAAUGAAACCUAAACGUGAACGUCGGACCCACCACUGAAGCAAAAGCAGAUUGAUAUAUUAGAACACUUUUGUACAGUGAAAACUCAGCAAAACUUGUUUGUUUCUUUGUUUGCUUGUCUUUUUUUAAAGAAUGACGUUUACAUAUAAAAUUGUAACUACUUAAUGUAUUUAUAUAUAUGGAGAAAAAGAGGGGGAAUGAUGAUUCAGUCGUUAUGUUUAAGUGAGGAAAAUUGUGUCUUAAUUUUUUGGGUGUGUGGUUGACACUUCCUUGCUCUGAUCAAGACUGGACUUCAGUAACACAGAGCUUCUGGGUCUAAUUGUAACAAAGUAAUGGAGGGCCACAUCAACAGUGAAAAUUACUUUGGAUAUUAAAGAUCAAUGAUAAACA